CAAAAUGACAAUGUUCAAAGUUCACAGCCUGCUAGCAAUAUUCUACAACCUAUGGUUUCGCAACCAGUAUUCCUCUCAUAUAAUGAAAUGCAAAAAUCAUUUCAAGCUAUAAUUGAUAAACAGGAUACUAAACAUAAAGCCAAGAUGGAAAAAUUGAAAGCUGAGUUCGAAUCAAAAAUGAGUCAACAACCCAAAAAAUCUCAUCAUCCAUUAAAUCUUUCUAGAGAAAAAGCGCUACAGUGGUUAGAUAAAGCUUUCCCUCCUUCUAUAGCAAAUAGAAUAGAAUCGAAAGUAGAUGAAAUCGGUCAACUGACAUCUCAAUUCGGAAGGAUGAUACUUGAUAAUCAAUCCAAAAAACCAGUAGCUAAAUCAAAUUCAACACAUCAAUACUUUUCUCCUCUAAUACCUUCCCAAUCCCAAUAUGCAUCUCUCAAUUCAGAUGAUAUUGAGAAUAGUGAAGGUGGAUAUAAUGAGGAAGAUAAUAUAUAG